AUGGAGGACGACAGAGCAGCAACAAAUCUGGGACCGGAAGUCGAGGAGGGCAUCGCUGAAGAGCCUGCGCCUGUGCCCAAGCAGCCCCGACGACGCUUCGUGGGGAGGAAGACGGCAGAGAAGGGUGGUGAGCAGCAGGCGGAUCCCAACGCGAACAUCGAAGACUCGAGCGCGAUACAAGUCGCCCAGCCACGCCGUACUGCUCGCGCGCUGAACGCCAUCCCCGAAUCCAUCCUCCACGACCAAGACAUCAACGACGCAAUCGCCCUGCUCCCUCCAAACUACAACUUCGAGAUCCACAAAUGCAUCCACCGUAUACGAACGUCAGGCGCGAAGUCAGUAGCCCUGCAGCUGCCAGAGGGCCUGCUGCUCUUCGCGACGACCAUCUCCGACAUCUUGACACAGUUCUGUCCCGGCAUCUCGACGCUGAUCAUGGGCGACGUGACAUACGGCGCGUGCUGUAUCGACGACUACACCGCGCGAGCACUAGGCUGCGACCUACUUAUCCACUACGCGCACAGCUGUCUAAUCCCCGUCCCCGUAACAAAGAUAGCCACCCUCUACAUCUUCGUCUCCAUCAGCAUCGACACAACCCACCUCAUGAACACAAUAACCCAGAACUUCCCCGUCGGAAAAACCCUCGCCCUAGUAGGAACCAUCCAAUUCAACGCGACAAUCCACGGCAUAGUCCCCCUCCUCCGGCGCGAAGGCUACACCCCCCUCGUCCCCCAAAUCGCGCCCCUCUCCAAAGGCGAAGUCCUAGGCUGCACCUCGCCCUCCCUCCCCCUCACACGCAACCAACUCUCAAAAACCGACAAGCAGCAAGAAAUCGCAGACCUAAUCCUCUACCUAGGCGACGGCCGCUUCCACCUCGAAAGCGCCAUGAUCGCCAACCCCACCCUCCCCGCCUACCGCUACGACCCGUACUCGCGCCGCCUAACCCACGAGACCUACGCGCACGACACCCUCUACGACAUGCGCCGCGCCGCCAUCCUAACGGCGCGGAAGGCGCGCACAUGGGGCGUUAUUCUCGGCGCGCUGGGACGCCAGGGGAAUCCGCAUACCCUCAGUUUGAUCGAGGGGGAACUGAGUCGCCAGGGUAUACCGUGUAUUAAGCUUUUGCUUUCGGAGAUUUUCCCGGGGAAGCUCGCGUUGAUGGGGGAUGUGCAGGCGUGGGUGCAGAUUGCGUGUCCGAGGUUGAGUAUCGAUUGGGGGUAUGCGUUUCCUAGGCCGCUGCUGAGUCCGUAUGAGGCGCUUGUGGCGCUGGGGGUGCGGGGUGCGCCGUGGCUUGAGGAGACCGAGGGGGGUGGUGCGGCGGAGGAGCGGGGUGGGAAGGAGGGUGCGAUGGAGACGGGGGAGCGGGGUGGGAAGGAGAGGGAGAGGAGGAAUUUGUACCCCAUGGACUUUUACGCUCGGGAGGGUUUGGGCAGGACGACGCUGGAUCAUGUGCGUGCUGCUACUGCUGCAGGGGAGGUGGGCGUACAUGCUUGA